ACCACCACAAAUGAUGCCACGUACUUAUCCACCACAUACACAUCAUAUUAAUAAUCCACAAAAUCCAAAUUCAUCUUCAAUUGCUAUAUGUGGUUCAUGUCAUAAAGAAGCACAAGAUACUGAAGGGACAGUGCUUUGUGAAUCAGGUUGUAAUUUUUUUUAUCAUCGAACAUGUGUUGGAUUAACAGAACAUGCAUUGAAAAUGCUUAUUCAUGAAAAUUAUGCAGAAUGGGUAUGCGACAAAUGCUUUGCAGAAAAACAUGUACCACCUGUUAAACUUAAAUCUUGA